AUGACUGACCGUAAGCGUAAGGUCGAUCUUGGUGAUCUGGAUGUGACGAAGAAGAAACGCAAGAGCAGAUUCUCCGAUGCACCUCCUACUGUUCAUUCUGGUAUAAAUCCACUAACAGGUGUGCCAUUCUCGACUCGUUAUCAGACAUUAUUAACUCAACGUCAGAAGCUUCCAGUUCAUCAAUUCCUGCAUCAGAUUCAAGACACCGUCAAGCAACAUCAAGUUAUUGUCGUUGAAGGAGAGACGGGAAGUGGUAAAACCACACAAAUUCCACAAUUUCUGACGCUAUUAAAUGCCAACAAUCAGAAGAUGGUCGCAUGUACGCAGCCACGUCGUGUGGCCGCUAUGAGUAUCGCUAAGCGUGUAGCUGAAGAAAUGGAUGUCCAAUUGGGACAAGAAGUGGGUUACACCAUUCGAUUUGAGGACGUAACGUGUCAACGUACUAAGUUGCGCUUUCUGACCGAUGGUAUGCUAUUGCAACAUGCUAUGAGUGACCCACUGCUGUCCAAUUACUCGACCAUUUUACUUGAUGAAGCUCAUGAACGGACAUUGAGCACUGACAUUCUCUUUGGUUUGUUAAAAGAAGUACUGCCUAAGCGUCCGGACCUUAAAGUUGUGGUAAUGAGUGCUACAUUGGAUGCUGUCAAGUUUCAGAAAUACUUUGAAGGUGCUCCAUUGAUCACUAUUCCUGGACGUACGUUUCCCGUCGAAAUUUUCUACACUCCUGAACCGGAGCGUGAUUACCUGGAGGCUGCUGUUCGUACAGCAGUACAAAUUCAUAUUUGUGAGGACGAAGGUGACGUGCUACUCUUUCUCACUGGUCAGGAGGAGAUUGAAAAUGCCUGUCGUCAGAUCCGUGCGGAAGCCGAUGCCCUGGACUCGUCCAAAUACGGACCGCUUGAUGUCUACCCGCUGUACUCGUCACUUACACCGCAGCAACAACAACUCAUAUUUAAAGAAGCGCCGAAGCCACGUUUUCCAGGCGGUCCCAAGGGCCGCAAAAUUGUUGUGUCUACCAAUGUGGCAGAAACGUCGCUGACCAUUGACGGUAUUGUGUACGUUGUUGAUCCGGGCUUUUCCAAGCAGAAAGUGUACAAUCCGCGUAUUCGGGUUGAGUCACUCCUGGUGUCUCCUAUUUCUCGUGCUUCAGCGAAGCAGCGUUCCGGUCGUGCUGGUCGUACGCAACCGGGUAAGUGUUUCCGUCUCUACACUGAGCAAUCGUUCCUUCGUGACUUGGAGGAGCAGACAUACCCGGAGAUUUUGUGCUCGGAGAUGAGUGGUGUGGUUCUUACGCUCAAGCAACUUGGUAUUGACGACCUAGUGCACUUCGAUUUCAUGGAUCCGCCAGCUCCUGAGACGCUGAUGCGUGCGCUGGAGAUGCUCAACUACCUCGGCGCCCUGAGCGAUGAGGGUGACCUCACCGAUCUCGGCCGUCAGAUGGCAAUGCUUCCUGUUCUCCCGCCGUUGGCGAAAAUGUUGAUCUCAUCGGCGAAGUAUCAGGUACCGCAGGAAGUGGCUACUAUUGUGGCUAUGCUGUCCGUACAGGAGCCUUUCAUUCGUCCUAAGAACGACGCCAAGGCCGCCAACGACGCUAAGGCAAACUUCGCCCAUGUGGACGGUGAUCACCUCACACUGUUGAACGUAUUCCAUGCAUACAAAUUGAAUAAUGGUGACGCGAACUGGUGCUACGAGAAUUAUUUGAACAAUCGGUCACUGCAGAGCGCGUCGAAUGUGCGCGACCAGCUGAUCCGCAACAUGAAACGACUGGAAAUGCCGACGCAAUCUACAUUGGACAUUCACUCUCCUCAAUACUACCCCAACAUCAUCAAGGCGCUAGUGUCCGGUUUUUUCAUGCAGGUUGGUCGUAAGGCUGUCGGCGGACAUUACGUUACGGUGAAGGACAACCAGAUUGUGCACCUGCAUCCAUCGUGCGUCCUGGAUAACGAGCCAGAAUGGGUUGUCUACAACGAAUUCGUGCUUACGAGUCGCAACUACAUCCGUCUGAAUACUCGUAUUGAGGGCGAGUGGCUCGUGGACAUUGCGCCUCAUUACUUUGAUCUGGCCAACUUUCCACCUGGUGAUGCCAAGCAGGAGCUCGAAAGGCUGUACCGCCGCAUGAGUGCGCGUAACACUUCGAAAAAAGGUUAG